AUGUCCUUGGAUAAACUUAAAUCAAUGAUGCAGAAAAAAUUCAGUAAUUGGCAACAACUCAACAACUUUGACCUUCAUGAUGCAGGAAGAAUUGUGAUCCUCUGGGAUCCACUAAAAGUCUUGGUUCAGACCCACCAUGCUAGCCCCCAAGCUGUUCACUGCACUGUCAAAUGCUUAGUUUCCUCUAACACAUUCCUAUGCAGCUUCAUUUAUGGUUAUAAUUCUCUGGUUUCUAGAAGACCACUGUGGCUGGAUCUCGUUCAGACUGGCAGUUCCUCUACAAUGCCUUGGAUGCUCCUUGGUGAUUUUAAUUUUUUCCUUAAGCCUGUGGAAAGGAGGAAUGGCAGUCCAGUGUCUGUAUAUGAAACAAAGGACAUAAAUGAUUGCUUUAAUGAAGUUGGCUUAUCUGAUCUGAACUCUUCUGGAUGUCUAAUUACAUGGUCUAAUGGAAAUGUCUGGAGCAAGUUGGACAGAGUUGUGGUUAAUCAGUGUUGGCUUGGCACUGGUUGGAACUCCCAUGCAGUUUUUCAAUUUCCUGGAAUACUGUCUGAUCAUUCUGUUUGCUUAGUAAAUUUUUUUGCUGACCAGGACCUGGGUGCUCUUCCAUUUAAAUUCUUCAACAUGUGGUCCACUCAUGCUGAUUUCAUGAGGAUUGUAAAGGAUGUUUGGGAAAAUGAGUUUGUUGGUAAAUUGCAAUAUUGCUUCUGCAAAAAGCUCCAGAUCCUGAAAAAACCAUUAAGACUUUUGAAUUCCUCCAACUUCUCUCAUAUCUCAUCGAGAGCUGAGAUAGCCACUUCUGAAGUGAAGGACCUCCAACAAUUGCUACACAACAACCCCUCAUGUCAGUCCCUGCAGGAGGAUUUGAAAUCAAAGAAACUGAAUGCCUUAAGACUUGAGGAAGCCAACAGACUAUUUUUAGCUCAAUUGUCCAAAAGUAAAUUCAUUAAGUACAGUGACAGGGGCUCUGCUUUCUUUCACAGUCUGCUUUGA